UAUCUCUAUAUAUAGCAUCUCUCCCUCACUCAUAUCUUCCACAAACACACUCUCUUUUGGUAAAUAUUCACAUAUAGAAAAGCGGGAAUGUAUUAUCAGACAGGAUCAUAUAACUUCCCACCGAAACGCAGCGUGGCGACGGACCCUUUGGAGCGCAUAGAGAGAAUGGCGGCGGCGCACGCGGUGGUGAUCUUCAGCAACAGCACGUGCUGCAUGUGCCACGCCGCCAAGCGCCUCUUCUGCGGCAUGGGCGUCAACCCCACCGUCUACGAGAUCGACCAGGAUCCCAGGGGGAAGGACCUCGAGAAGGCGCUGCUCCGCCUCCUCGGCGGCGCCUCCGCCGUGCCCGCCGUAUUCAUCGGCGGCAAGCUCGUCGGCGCCAUCGAUACUGUCCUGGCGUCCCAUAUCAACGGCUCGCUUGUGCCGCUUCUUAAAGACGCCGGCGCCCUCUGGCUCUGAUCCAACACCUCAAAUACUCCUAUAUAUCUACUUUCUUCUUCUUCUUCUUCUUCUUCUUCAUGUAAACUAGUUUUUAGGUAAUAUCAUCAUUUGCUGUACUUCUUUUAUACUAUAAUAUAUAUUCGGAUGAUCAUCUUGGUC